AUGGUUGACGACGAAGCGUUUGAUGUCAUCAAAAAGAUGAGAUUGAGCGCUGCUGAUCCGGACCAUCUAGUCGCCAAGGAAGAGUUCUAUCAGACCAAGGAGCAGUGGCAGCUCGAUUCUACGAAGCUGAAUGCGCUUAGACAAAGCAUAUGGAUUGCUGCAUGGAAGAAGAAAAGUUACCGGAAGCGCAUGGUCAUUGGAUUUCUGACUCAAUGGCAAGUAGAUUCCGGCUCUCUCCAAACACUUUCUGACCGGCUGUGA